CUUAUUCCAAAGUUAAUCUACCGUUACAAUUGGACUUGCUACUACGAGAGUACUUAAGUAUUAACUUUGUAAUUAGAAGGUUAUUAAUAAACGUGGAGUAACCUUGGAGUAGCAAUACAUUCCUUACAACGGGAUUAACACGAAUGUUAUGGCAACCCCACAUAAUUUAAAAGUAAAAAGAGUGAGCAACGGAAUGAAAUGAACGGAAGAUGUCAUUUAAACAAUGACAUUUAGUAUAAACUUCAACGGCAGGCUGUCAUUUUCGUUUGUUUGGUGUUGAAUGUUUAGUUGCGAUUUGCGAUUUUAGGUGAAAAUAUUAACAAUUUUAUAGGUAACUCUCUGUUGUUGACUUUAUCAUUCUUAUUUACAAUGAGCCAAAAACGUUUUCGUUCUAUUAACUGGGAUGAAGAAGAAAAGCAGUUAUUUCGCUCCGUGCUCAAGGAAUAUGCGCAAAUUAUUGAAAAUAAAUCCGUAGAUACAAAUACAAAUAAACUAAAAAUUAACGCAUGGGAGCAAGUUCAUAUUAAGUUUAAUGAAUUAAAUAGCCGAUCUCGAGAUCUAAACCAAUUAAAAAUACAGUGGAAAACCAUGAAGAUAAAUGCACGGAAGACAUGCAGCACCUUUAAAAAGGAAGUUAACAAAACAGGUGGUGGGGCAAGACCAGCAACUCCUAAUGAGGCAAUAAUUGAAAUAAAAGACCUAUUAAAUCCUGCGGAGCUGUUAAUAGAUCAUAAUAUAUAUGACUCGGAUGGAGUUACUGUUGGAGAAUUAGAACCAACCCUCAUUGAUUCAAAACAUGUAGAAAAGGAGCAAAGUCUCCCACUACUGGACACAGCUGGAAUAAAAGCCCAGAUAAUUCAAGAAGAUGCCACUGUAGCGACUCCAAUUGCAAAAAAGGUUGAUUCAAUUCCAGCGAAGGACGUAAAACGAAAAAUUCCAACAAAUAAUAUUGUGCACAGCAGUAAGAAGCCCAAAAAGGACCAUGAGGACUACGUCAACAACAUGCUAAGGCAUAGCAAAAUGCUUAAGGAUGAUGAACACUUAAGAAAAAUGGAAAUGGCUGAGGAAGAGCACAAAAUUAAAAUGGAAAUUCAUAGAGAAAAAUUACAAUCUGCCAUAUUAGAGAGGGAAAUUUUGGAAUUGAAAAAGGCCCGUGAAGUUCUCAAUCCUUAGUUUAUUAUGUAUAAGUUACGUUAAUUUGUCUAAUUAUAUAUUUUUUAUAGAACGAGUUUCAAAAUAAAAAGAUAUUGUAAACUUAAAACUUUUAUUUUUAAAAAU